GGAAAGCUUGAGAAUAGACAUAUCGAGCUGCAGUUUAUUCUUUGCUCAUCAUUUUGUCAAUGAUGUUCUAGAAUUUUGUGAUGAAUCAUGGGAGAGAUGAAUUUUCAUGUACAAUGUGUGUUUAUCAUUCUCAUGUAUGUUCUACUCUUCGUUUCGGCACAGAAUGAUGCACAAUAUGGACCUGAGGAAAAUAUCGUUUGUCCUGUGAGACAACCAUAUGGGGUCUGCCAUUAUGAUCAAAAGUUCAUCUUCACACGUUUGAAGAGGAUAAAUGUAUCGAAAGCUGAGGCAUACUAUGUCCAUUGCGGAUGGGGAGGGUUAGACAGCUGUAUUCGAUAUCGAUCAGUUUACACAUACCAAUAUGUUACAGCAGUUGAAGAAGCAACCCGAGUGGUGUCAAGGUGUUGCCCAGGUUUUACCAAUACAAGUGGACAGUGUUUGCCUGUUUGCUCGGAACCUUGCCAGCAUGGAGGAAGUUGCAUUGCCCCAAACCAUUGUGCUUGUUUACCCGGUUGGAUCGGUGAUGUCUGUGAAGAGGCCUGUUCGGAGAAUCGAUACGGCUUGCAAUGCCUGCAAGAAUGCUUUUGUGAUAACGGGGGCACAUGCCAAGCAGCUCACGGCAUCUGCUUUUGUCCUCCCGGCUUUACUGGGGUCAGCUGUGAGAGUCCUUGUCGUCCAGGCAAUUAUGGCGAUGAUUGUUUACAGCAAUGUAUGUGCAGGAACGGCGCCUCUUGCGACCCCAAAAAUGGAACUUGUAGUUGUCUAGCUGGUUUUACGGGACGGUAUUGUGAUAAAGAAUGUGAAGGUGGAAGGUUUGGUCCUCAAUGUACUCGCACAUGUAAAUGUAAGAAUAAUGCAGUAUGUGACCCUAUCGACGGAACAUGUUCAUGCGCGCCAGGUUACACUGGGGAGUUAUGCCAAGAUGAAUGCCGAGAGGGAUCAUACGGUUUAGGAUGCAAUGGCAUGUGUGAGUGUGAGAAUGGGGCAAGAUGCGACCACGAACGAGGCCAUUGUAUAUGUUCGCCAGGUUACACGGGUGUGACUUGUGCAAACAAGUGUCCUCGUGAUUCAUUCGGACAGGACUGUACAGGUAUAUGCUCUUGUCAAAUAGGAAUUUGCCAUCACAUUACAGGGGAAUGCGUUUGCCAACCAGGAUGGAUUGGAAAUGACUGCACGACACCUUGUAGACUAGGAACGUUUGGGACAAACUGUGAAGGUCGCUGCGACUGUGUUAAUGGUGCCUUGUGUAGCCAUGUUGAUGGCACUUGUCGAUGUUUGCCAGGAUUUAGUGGAAUCCGUUGUGACAGACCAUGCCCAGAUGGUCGAUACGGGAACGGGUGUUUCCAAUUCUGCCAGUGUCAAAAUAAUGCUGAUUGUGACCCAGUAGAUGGUACGUGCUCAUGCAAACCCGGAUGGCGUGGCGUUUUAUGCACUGUUCCAUGUCAAACUGGUCAUUAUGGUAUUAACUGCAUGGAGCGCUGUAGGUGUCGCAAUGGAGGUUUAUGCCAUCACAUAGAUGGGUCCUGUGCAUGUGAGCCAGGGUGGCAAGGGUCGUUAUGUUCCCUGCGCUGCCCUAAUGGUACUUUCGGUCAGAACUGUGAUGAAGUUUGUCGUUGUGAAAAUUUUGCAGAAUGCGAUCACAUCUUAGGAACAUGCUCAUGUACUCCAGGAUGGCAAGGUCUGUUUUGUUCUGAAACUUGUGAUGAAGGUUUCUAUGGGUAUGAAUGUGCCCUCCCAUGUCGAUGUCAAAAUAAUGCGGAGUGUGAUCAUAUUGACGGACGCUGUUACUGCUCAUCUGGGUACACUGGCUUAACCUGUGCAGAUGAAUGCGAAGAGGGAUAUUUUGGUCUGAAUUGUCUUGAACAAUGUGAAUGUGCAUAUGCAUUGGGUUGUUCUCAUGUUACCGGACAAUGCAUUUGCAAUCCGGGCUGGAUUGGUUCUACAUGUUCGACACCAUGUGCAGAAGGGUUCUAUGGAGUUGGCUGUUCACAACCAUGUCCUUGUCGCAAUGGAGGGACUUGUCAUCAUGUAAAUGGAGAGUGUAUCUGUCUUCCAGGCUGGGAAGGUGAGAUAUGUGAAAUAAGAUGCCCCUUAAAUCGAUUUGGAAUCCAAUGCCUUCAAGAAUGUCAAUGUUAUAAUGGUGCUACUUGUAAUUUCAUCGAUGGAUCUUGUUUUUGUUCUCCCGGAUGGCAAGGGCCACAUUGCAGUUUACCGUGCCCCGAAGGCUACUAUGGAAUUAACUGCACUCAGAUAUGUAGGUGUAGAAAUGGAGGUGAGUGUGAUACUGUGACUGGUAUAUGCACAUGUCCUCCCGGUUGGCUAAAUUUCUGCAAUGACCCAUGUCCAGAAGGAUUCUUUGGACAGGACUGUUUAGGAGUGUGUCGUUGCCAAAAUGAAUCCCCUUGUGAUAGGUUCAGUGGUCGAUGCACAUGUACUGCUGGUUGGCAUGGUCCUUCGUGUGACACACCUUGCCCUGUUGGACGCCAUGGUCCCUCUUGCUCAAAGCUAUGUCGCUGUAGGAAUGGUCACUGUUCAAGGUUUGAUGGAUCUUGUUCCUGUACAGCUGGUUGGACGGGGGAGCUUUGUCAGCAGAGUUGCGCCGAAGGAACAUGGGGUCCUGAUUGCAUCAACCGCUGUUCCUGUCAGUAUGCAACCAGCUGUUCUCGAUUUGAUGGCUCUUGUUUGUGUUUAACGGGAUGGACAGGAGUAGAUUGUGAUGAAGCUUGUCCUGAUGGCUUCUAUGGAACGAACUGCCGAACCCAAUGUCAGUGUCAGAACGGAGCUGCUUGUUCAAGAGAUGAUGGGAGCUGCAUCUGUACCCCAGGAUGGACAGGUGACCGAUGUGAUAAAAGAUGUCCACAAGGGACCUAUGGAACUGGAUGCUCUGAGAUAUGCGAGUGCGCGAAUGAUGCUCUCUGUUCUCCGAUACAUGGUGUUUGUGAUUGUUCAGACGGAUGGAUGGGGGAGAGGUGUGACCUACCAUGUCCUGAGGAUCGCUUCGGACCAUUCUGCCAAUUCACUUGUCGAUGCGUAAAUAAUGCUGUGUGCUCAAGAUUUGAUGGUCGAUGCAUAUGCACAGCUGGAUGGACGGGACAAAACUGCGACACGCCAUGCCCAACUGGGUCUUACGGACCAAACUGUGCUCAAACGUGUCUUUGCGAGCGUAAUUCACUUUGUAACCGGUUUGACGGCUCCUGUGAAUGUACUGUAGGAUGGAAAGGUGUUUAUUGUAACACACCAUGUGGUAUCGAUGAAUGGGGACCAGGUUGUAGUCUACUGUGCUUCUGUGAAAAUGACGCCCUCUGUACCCGCUUCACUGGUGUCUGCCAUUGCGGCCCUGGUUGGACCGGAGAGCACUGUGAACGGCCAUGCGACGAUGGAUGGUACGGUCGGAAUUGCACUAGAAGAUGUGCUUGCCAAAGCGGUGCCACCUGUAAUAUUUAUGAUGGUUCUUGCAUCUGUCCUUCUGGUCUUAUGGGUCCCAUUUGUGACACUACUUGUCCAGCUGGACAAUAUGGUGUGCAGUGCUCUCAAUUUUGUGCUUGCAGAAAUGGCGCAGAAUGUUCUCCUUUCGACGGUAGUUGUACUUGUCCUCCUGGGUGGAUUGGUGACCUCUGUGAUGAAUCAUGUCCCACUGGAACCUGGGGACAAGACUGUUCGUCUCAGUGUUUGUGUCAGAAUGAAGGAUUGUGUAACAGCUUUACAGGGGAAUGUUCAUGUGAAGCUGGAUGGACAGGGUCAAUAUGCACGACACCUUGUCCAAAUGGUUUGUAUGGUGUGGGGUGUGAUUCGAGCUGCGACUGCAGAAAUGGAGGCUUAUGUUCUCGGUUCGAUGGCACUUGUAGAUGUCUCGAAGGGUGGCAAGGAGAAUUGUGCACCGAAGAAUGUCCACAAGGCAAAUACGGUCUAGGGUGUCGCGGUACAUGCGAGUGUGAGAACUUUGCACUGUGCGACAGAUUUGAUGGAUCAUGUACCUGUCGUGCAGGAUGGACAGGAUUAUUAUGUGACGAAGCAUGUCCACAGGGCACUUUUGGCCCCGGUUGCCAGAGCAUAUGCCUUUGUGAAAACGAAGCUGAAUGUGACGCCAUUUUAGGCGAGUGUUUCUGUCGUCGCGGAUGGACCGGACCAUCCUGUGAUGUACCUUGUCGAGAGGGAACUUACGGACCAGGAUGUGAAGAAGAAUGCAGCUGUCAAAAUGGAGCAGCUUGUUCUAGGUUUGAUGGAAGUUGUCGUUGCAACGCAGGAUGGACAGGCCUGUCAUGUCACCUUGAGUGUUCACCUGAUAGGUACGGUCCAUCCUGUAUUAAUCGGUGUAGGUGUCAGAAUGGUGCUUUAUGUGAUCGUUUCACGGGAAGAUGUGAAUGUCCUGAUGGAUGGACGGGUUUUACAUGCAAUACUCCUUGUGAAUUUGAUAGAUUUGGACCUGGAUGUUCUGAUAGCUGCUACUGCAAAAAUCAAGCAAUUUGUGAUAGAUUUACAGGUGAAUGUCGUUGUUCAGCUGGUUGGAUGGGGUAUAACUGUGACGACCCUUGUGAUGAAGGCCACUUUGGACCAUCUUGCCGUCAGCAGUGUGACUGUAGAAAUGAUGCUCAGUGUGAUAGGUACAACGGAGCUUGUCAUUGUCAAGGUGGAUGGAUGGGGGAUCGUUGCGAGAUUCCAUGUCCAGAAGGCCGAUAUGGAGUCGACUGCACUCAGGUCUGCAGAUGUCAGAACACGGCGACUUGCAAUGGACGAGAUGGAUCUUGUACAUGCACACCAGGAUGGACGGGAAGACUUUGUGAUACACCUUGUGUCGUCGGCUUCUAUGGACCAAAUUGUGCCGCGAGGUGUGAUUGUGAAAACGGGGCCGGUUGCAAUCGUUUCAAUGGAUUAUGCAGCUGUCUUCCAGGGUGGAUAGGUGUAAGAUGCGAGGUGGCCUGUCAGGAUGAUCGAUACGGCUUCCAAUGUCAGCGCAUUUGUGCUUGUCAAAAUGGAGCUACUUGUUCUGCAUCUGACGGUUCUUGCCAGUGUCCUAACGGCUGGACCGGUAUCUUUUGUGAGCAGGCAUGUGCUCAGGGAUUCUAUGGAGCUCAUUGUACUGAGAUCUGUAGGUGCCAAAACGGCGGAACAUGUUCGGGCUUUGAUGGUACCUGCUCCUGCAAACCGGGUUGGAAUGGGGCAUAUUGCCAACACCAGUGUGAUGCAAACACGUAUGGUUUGGGAUGUCUUGAGUCCUGUUACUGUCUCAACGAGGCUACAUGUGAUCCUGUCGAUGGCACCUGUAUCUGUGCUGAGGGGUGGCGGGGGGACUUCUGUCAAACUAGAGAUCUGAUAGGUUUUAGGAGUAGUCAAACAAUAGCAGGAAAAUCUGUCACCUGUUCAGAUGCUCGAAACUACAUCGAUAUUGAAGACCAACGCCACAUCUUUGAGUGCAGAUCUAUACGAGUUGAUGGAGAUCGUCUACCUAAUGGAGUGACCUGUCGUCAGUUAUGGAAUACACCUACUGGUGGCAACAAUGAUCGAUACUAUUCAGCUCGGACUGAUCACUUUGAUUUCUGUGUUAAAGUUCUCAACGCAAAUGGCAUUACCCCCCAAUCUUACAAUACUUCAAUUUCGGUCGAAGCAUGGUAUGUAUGUUCUGAAUUGGAAGAAUAUCGUACUCAGUGGUUGAAUGGAGAAUGGCAAGAAGGAGUGAUUCGAGACAAUGGUUAUACCGAUCAUCUUCGUUGUAUCCUGCCACAGGGAUCAUUCUCAUAGACUUUCAUCAAUUAUUUUGCAACUCUUUCUUACAGUGUCUAAUAGGCUGAAUUUAUAAUUACUGAUAAACAUUAAGUGAAGGAGGCUGGAACAUGACUUUAUGCAACAUAUGUGAAGAAACACUCGUAGAAAAAAAUGUGUAUGCGGUACUUAUAAAGGAGUAUAAUGACAAUCGGAGGUCUUACAUUCUGAGAUGAUUUAAUCUAACAAAUUAGUUUCAGCUGAAUAUAUAUGAGCAGUUCUUCAGAUUGUCAUUGGUUUCUUAGCUUACUUCUUAAAACUUGGACAAAAUAUGUGUCAUGUGUAUCUGUUUUUAUUAACGCCAAUAUCAUUCAGUAAUUCGUGAGAUUCGAUUUCUUAACUGAACCCUCAUUUGAGUGAUUUCUUUGUUACUGAAUAUGGUAAACUCAUCUUUUAAAUGCUUUGUUAGUGAAUGCAAGGCUAAGAUCGGUACCCCCUCACCCAUCACCCCAUGACUACAAUCUCUUAAGAAGGACUUGUUAGCUUAGGUACAACAUUCAUUUUCAAUCAAAUCAAACUGUCAUACAUCGAAGUUUUAUCCUGACUGAUCAGGACACGCGAAAUAGUAAUCAUCCAAAUACAAGCCAAACUUGAAAUGUCAAUUUUCACUAAUGAAAUAUGAGAUCUUGAAUAAUGCAAAGAUUUGGCUAUUCUCUGGAAUGCGUGAAGGCGUUAAUACCCAGUUCCCACGGUCACGAUCCACGCUGUUGUACCACAAAUUGUAACCCCUGCACAAAUUGUCGACUAAUAAGGGCGAAAAUUUGUGGAGGAGACACCACAAAUUGUCGCCCCAUUACACUUAAACUCAACUUGUCUCCAUGAACACACACACACACAUAAAC